AUGUCGCGGCCAUCGGUAGCACGAGUUUGUGCAGAAUUGGAUCUUCUUAAGGAGCAUCUUAUUCGAAUCAGACUGGGAGUUGACGAGUCGACUUACUUUCAAUCGAUCUUCUAUGAAAACAUCCCUCAAUACUGUGCCGAAUCGCAUUCUACGCUUUUAAUUGCUGCACAAGCCGAAAUCUCUCAUGGAGGACAAAUUGUAUCGCCGGCAAAUUUGGAAGUCCAACGUCAGGUUACCCUGAUUCUGGACAAUCAUCAAACCGUCACUGCCGGCGUGAUUGCUGCUCAUCGAAUGGACUUCGCUGCUAUGGCUGCUGCUGAAGUUGAUCUGCCAAUUAUCGAUCCGUCUCCGGAGUUGCAAGCAACUGAACAUGUCGCACUCUCUUCGCUGGUAGAGCAUCAGACCAUCAUCGCUGCAAGCCAAGCCCUUGUCGCGACCCAGACCCAUGCUGCGACUGAAACCUUAGUUGCUGAAGCUGCCGCUGCUAUGGAAAGAUUGAUCGCCGCCACCAGUAGCGUAGAAGAAGCUCCAUCACCGGAAAAUAUGGAUAACCGGCGUAAGGCAAUGGUGGAAACUCCGUCGCCUUCACGCCCGCAAUCAGCGCAACCAAGUCAAUCUCCUCUUGAAUUUUGA